AUGCCGUUCUUCACGCAACUCCGUCGCCGGUCUCGAGCCAGUUUCCGCACCAAUAAGUCCACCGAGUCGAAAUCCAACGAGUCGCAGUCCAAUGGAGAGAUGACAUCCGGCAAAUCUUCGUCCACGCUGGAGACAGCCUCCUACAGCUCGGUCACCCCGCCGUCUUCCAUCAAACCUACUGUUUCGUCUCCCAACCUGCCCUCGUUGAGCGAAGGCAAUGGCAGCGUUAAUGGCACGCAUCUUCCCGUGCCUUCCCAACGACCUGGUCCCCAUACCCUCCAAGGUCAGCGCAAUAGUACCGUCAUCGGUGGCAGUGCGAUGUCUGUCAAUGGUACACUUCGGUCGCCGACUCCGUCAUCCCCCUAUGCACCUAGAAUCAUCUCCGUUUCGGAGAAUUCCUGGGUGCAUCAAAAAGUCCUAUUGAUUUACGGACAAAUCGGAGACCCCAGACAACAUCCGCUGGACGGAAGUAUCACGGUCUAUCACCAUCAAGACGCCUUCCCCUCGGUCAGCUGGCCCGUCACAUCCUCCCAUUUCAAAGCCCUCGUGCAUCUCGUUCCCGGUCCUAAUCGGCUGCGCUUCGACUUCGUAUCCACGAAACUUUCGUCUGGUAGCGCACAUCCCGCCAUUCAUUCGUCAUGGCUAUGCGUCAACUAUCUUCCGCUGGUGAACGCCCCACCUCUACAGCUGGUCAUUUUACUAGGCAAAGACUCCGAUGGCACCUUCGAUGCCACGCCGGAGAGAAAACAACGCGAGGGAAAUGGUCUGGAAACGGCAAUUAAAAAGUACCGCAUGGCGGCCUAUCUGUGGCAGUCCUUCACCGGCGAACAGAUGUUCCGUAACAAUUUCGGCCGGCGAUGUUUUCGAUUUGAGGAAGAAUGGCAGACCGGCACCUUGAGUCGGCGGGAUAUCAACAACGGACAGAUGCGAAACGAGGCUAAGGUUCACAUCGUGCGCACCGACAAAACCGUUGCUGAGCUCCGGGAUCUUAACAUGGCCCAGCAACAUGGCCCGGCCACCAAGAAGGAUGAAUUGUUCCGUAUUGCCAAGGACGCCGUCAGGAGCCAUUUCCAGCCCCAGCAGAGUCAGAAGCAGUACGUUUCCGUUCUGCUUCUGGAUUCUCACUGGGACACGGGUGCCCAAACCAUCACCGGCCACGCGGCAUUAGGCUCCAGUGGGGACGAUAUUAAAAUGGCCAUUUUCGGCUCUCACAGCCUGCAGAGCUAUCCCAGCUGUCUGGAAGAAGUCGUAGAUUCGUUCUCCGACUGUACCAGGACUAACACGGAUUAUGUGGCGAAUGACUGCGGUGAAGCUGGGUCCAGUUGGGAGUCGGCCAAUAUCGGGAUCGGGGCACACCUGCACGAAGUCGGCCAUCUCUUGGGCAGUCCUCACCAAGAGUCCGGUAUCAUGCUGCGAGACUAUGUUCGUUUCAAUCGAUCCUUUACAACGCGCGAGCCAUUCUCGACUCGGACAAAGCAACAGGGUCUCAAACUAUGCUUGCCUCAGGACGAAUGUGGCUGGCACCGACUGGACGCGCUGCGCUUCCGUUUUCACCCCUGUUUUCGCCUGCCCGGGGACGCCCCGGUGAGUUCCGAUGACAGCGUUCAGGUCUGGCCUGUCGAAAAUGGUAAAAUCUUGAUCACCGCCGCCUCUGGAAUCGCGUUUUUGGAGCUCUAUGCAGAGGACGAUCAAGUUUGCCACAACUUCAUAGAAUAUAUCAAUAGCGAGUCCAGCAGCAAUGGGCUCCCCAAACAAAUCACGGUGACGGAGAAUGAGUUGCGGCAACGCGUGUUUGGCACCGAGAAGGAGAAGAAAAAGAGGGUCAAGAUGUCGAUCGUGUCCGGUGCGCUUGGCUGCCAUACCGUGGAAUCGAUUAGCAGCUUGAAAUCCAAGCUGUCCCUUGUGAAACUACCCAAGGGUCACACCGGCUACAAGGGUGGUGCAUUGGGAUUUUCUCAGAUGGAAGGAAGUCAACCCCAGCAAAUUCUGCUGGAUUGUGCCUUCUCGACUAAGCUCUUGACCUCUAUCAAGGUCUACCAUGGAGCCGCAUUGGACGGUCUUGAGUUUUUCUAUGAAGAUGCCACCAGCCAACUCUUCGGAAAUAGAGGAGGCAAACCUGGGGGUGAUGAUUUUGUGCUUGAAACCCGACGUGGGGAGAUAUUGCUUGGCUUUUAUGUCCGAGCCGGGGCUUGGAUUGAUGGUAUCGAGUUCUUGACGAGUCUGGGCAGGAAGUCUGGUGUUUACGGUAACGCCCAGGGAGGCUCAGGACACACCUUGAUCCCACCUUUGGGUUACAAAAUCGCCGGGAUUUCAGGAUCCUGCGGACCUUGGAUUGAUGGGUUCUCACUGAUAAUCAUGCACUGA